CAACACCACGCAAUCCUCACCCAAACCAUCCACAUCUCUCCGCCACAGCCUCGAGCAAUCGUCUCCAGAUCACGCAAAAUGGCUUCCUACGUGUCUCGUGCAGCUCCCAGAGCUUUCAACGCCUCUCUCCGCGCCGCGGUGCGCCCGCAGGCCGUUCUCCAGCGUGCCCAGCGCCCCGCUCAGCCGCUGUUCCGGCGCUUCAUCCAGGUGCCCGCCGAGCAGCCACGCCUGCGGCUGGGCUCAGUCGCACCGAACUUCAAGGCCAAGACGACGGGCGGCGAGCUCGACUUCCACCAAUGGAUCGGCAACAGCUGGGCGGUGCUGUUCUCGCACCCGGCCGACUUCACGCCCGUGUGCACGACGGAACUGGGCGCCUUUGCGAAGCUCAAGAACGAGUUCGACGCGCGCGGCGUCAAGAUGAUCGGGCUGAGCGCCAACGACCUCGGCUCCCAUGACCAGUGGGUCGCCGAUAUCAACGAGGUCUGCAGCACCAACGUCCAGUUCCCCAUCAUCGCCGACGCCGACCGCAAGGUCGCUUUCCUCUACGACAUGGUCACCGAGGAUGACAUGAAGAACAUUGAGUCCAAGGGCCUGCCCUUUACUAUUCGCUCCGUCUUCGUCAUCGACCCCUCCAAGAAGAUCCGUCUCAUGAUGAUCUACCCGGCUUCCACCGGCCGUAACACUUCCGAGGUCUUGCGUGUCAUUGACUCGCUGCAGCUGGGCGACAAGAAGGGCGUUGUUACGCCCAUUGACUGGCAGGCCGGCGAGGACGUCAUCGUUCCUCCCAGCGUCAGCACCGCCGAUGCGAAGAAGAAGUUCGGCGAGGUCAGGGAGCUCAAGCCCUACCUCCGCUACACCAACGUUGGCAAAUAAAGGAAGACCAAGCUUGGGUCUUGCUUGCUAGCCAGAGGUGAUGCAAAAAUGUGAAUACGACCGUAAAACUUAAUGUAGAAUACAAAAAUAGACGAGUGUGAGAAGCGUUUUGCUUGGCUGGUGAUCCUUCAGUGUCCAUAGAUG